AUGUUGAUGAAGAUUCAGAGGAAGUUAAUGAGCUCAAGCAAGGGCAGUAGAAAAGAAAAUGAAGACGCCAUUAUGAUAAUUAGGAGCAGUAAUAUUAGCAAGAGGCAAACGUCCCUAAUUUCCACUAUGGUACUUAAUGAAACACAACGUGGACUAUCCAGAUGCUGGGUAUUUGGAUCUGGAAUGAGCACCUACCGUUAGACAAACGUGCACAAAAAAAAGAAUGAAACAAAGAAAAGGCCAUGCUCAGAGCAGAAUUCGAACUCUCAACCCUCACCGAAGAACUGGUGAGUCGCUGCGAGCUAUAAAUCACUUCCGUAAAGCAUCCACU